AUGCCCCCAGUCUCGACGACCGGCCUCAUGGGCGCCAUCGCCGACCUGAAGGCAAAGAUCAUGGACACAGCGCGAAGGGGUGCGACCGUGUUCAGGAUGAUGCCAACCGUGACGUACGACACCCUCGAGGAGGAACGCACGGGCGGCGUAUUUGCCAAUGAUGGUUUCAACGUGGGUGUCGCUGGCCACCUGAAAUACAGGGAUCCCAUUCACAAGGAUGAGCUUGUCUGGCGGGCCACGCGCUCUUUAGAUAGCUACUUGCUCGCGCUCUUUGGUCUGUCGUUCGACAUGGGCUUCCUGUCGGACCUACUGUUGAUCGGCCUGGACGGCGAGUGUGCGGAUGGGCGGCACCCGUCGCGACCCGACUCGCUCGUGUACAACCAGGUGGCGUUCGCCAUCCACAACGAGGUGCACAUGGCUUCACUUGACUUGGACGCCGGUAGCACUCACACUCAAUGUACGCUACCUUUCAUGCUCGCCAGUGUCCAUGAGCACUUUUCUUCCAGAAUCGCGCGCUGCGACAACUUUGGCGGUGCCCCUCUCGCAUCGGAGGAGGGUGCGAAUGUGGCAAAGGCGCUUGGGCCGCGGAACAAGGCGCUCAUCCGGCAGAACCACGGGAUCCUCACCUGCAGCGGCACGGCCGAAGGUGCCGUGCUCUGCUUCAUCGCGCGCGAGAAACACUGGGGGGGCAAGCCGCUCAUGAUCGGCGACAGAGAGGCGACGUCGACGUUUACGUACAGGCAGAUCAGCAGCGAGGUGGCGGUCUAUUUCCAGGAUAAACCAUACUUUGCACGCGUGGACAAAGAGUCGAAAAGCGACUACAAGGCCUGA